AUGUCACUCGAGGCAAUCAACUUUGGCUCCUGGAUCCUCAGCGGUUCACUUCCAGACAAGAGCAGGUUGUCUGGAACCAUGCUGUUUCUUCAACUGACAGUCUAUGUAACGAUGCAGUUUCUGCUUCCAGUGCGUGCCCAAUCAAGCAUUCUCUGCCUGGGAAGCAAUACGGUGAGUCAGGUGUUCGCGGUGCUCCUGGACGGAUACCGGCCGCUUCUCACCGAAAACGACCCCCUCCUCAUCGGGGAUGGCGAGAAGCUCGGUGUUUUCAAUCUCCUUCGGGGACGAGUACACAACGUCAACGAGACGCGUUUCAGAAAGAACCUCUCCGUCAGGUGUAACGGCACCCACAUGGACCUUAAUUUCCCUCUGACCAUCACAAGUCCUCGUGUGGUGUACGACAUCCGCCGCACCACGAACAUCAUCCCGUUGUCAGGAGAGCUGCACAUCACCAUGGACAUCAUCGACCUGGACGUUGCCCUUGUUGCCAACCGAAACAAAGACCAGGGGUCUCCCGUCGUCUCGUCACUAGAAAUCUUGCGGAUGCCAAAUUUCAAGAUGGCAUUCGUCGGUCUGGGGACCAUGGGUUAUUUCCUCAACAUGCUCUUCAGUACGGCGCACAGUGUGGAAAAACUGCCGCUUAACGAACUCUUCAGGGUGCUACUUUGGAGGGCUCUGCAGCGGUAUGUUGAUGACACUCCACUUCCGAUUUAAGAAAGGCAUUUUUUUGAAUAAUAGAAGAUGCUUCGAGAUCAAGAUUUCUGGAAGUUUACAAGCGAAACUUUCCAAGGACGGGUUGUCUGUCUGCCCGUAUCAUCAUGUCCCGCGAUCAGUAUGCAAAAAAGAAGAAGAACCAUACGUAACAAUUUGCACUUAUUUAUUUUAUUUUGUCGCGCUUCUGUCUGUCUUCGUCUGUCUGUCUUUCUUCUGUGCCUCCGCAGCGAAUAGAGCGUUUGCUUGUCUGAUGCAGCAAAUAAAUCGCACGCGAAACGUUGAACGCUUAUUUAUUUUUGUGAUCCUAUAUAGGCCUAGAGAGGUGUCUGCCUGCUUGGCUAUACAAAUAAAAUAGGCGCAU